UGAUAACGUCAUCAGUAUAAGACGCGUGUUGUGCAGAUCGUCUCGAUAGCGUCCCUCCUCUCCAACCCCUCCAACCCCUCCACCCUCCAUGGAAGUGUAAGGUACCCCCCCAGUUUCUGCGUGAGGAGGACAGAGAGCGAGCAGAGGAAACACCAACAGCUCCACACAUGGCCUCCCCGCUCAGAGUGUGCAUCCUCGGCUCCGGGAACUGGGGCUCAGCCAUCGCCAGGAUCAUUGGAAGCAAUGCGACCUCGCUGCGUUUUGCCACCACAGUGAAGAUGUGGGUGUACGAAGAGAAUAUUAAUGGCAGAAAACUCACUGACAUCAUCAACAGGGAGCAUGAAAACAUCAAGUACCUGCCGGGAUACAAACUGCCGGAUAAUGUGGUUGCUGUCCCGCGCCUGCGUGAUGCUGCAGAGGGGGCUGACCUGCUGGUGUUCGUGGUCCCUCACCAGUUUAUUCGAAAUCUCUGUGAUGACAUGAAGGGCUGUGUGUCCCCCAAAGCUCGGGGAAUCACACUCAUAAAGGGUAUAGACGAGGGACCUGGGGGCCUAAAGCUCGUCUCUGACAUCAUCCGAGAGAAGAUGGGGAUUGACGUCAGCGUCCUCAUGGGAGCAAACAUUGCUAAUGAAGUCGCUGCUGAGAAAUUCUGCGAAACCACUAUCGGCAGUAGGAUUCUGGAGAAUGGACUGCUGUUCAAAGAGCUGCUGCAGACUCCCAACUUCAGGAUCACAGUGGUGGAUGAUGCUGACACGGUGGAGCUAUGUGGAGCUCUUAAGAACAUCGUGGCAGUGGGGGCCGGCUUCUGUGAUGGGCUGAAGUGCGGUGACAACACCAAGGCGGCUGUGAUCCGUCUGGGGCUGAUGGAGAUGAUGGCCUUCGCUCAACUCUUCUCCAAGAACGGCCCUGUUUCCACGGCAACCUUCCUGGAGAGCUGCGGUGUGGCCGACCUCAUCACGACGUGUUACGGCGGCCGCAACCGAAGAGUGGCGGAGGCUUUCUCCAAGACGGGGAAGAGCAUUGAGGAGCUGGAGAGGGAGAUGUUGAACGGACAGAAGCUCCAGGGUCCUGCCACCUCCGCCCAGGUAUACCACAUCCUCCAACAGAAGGGCCUGGUGGACAGGUUCCCUCUCUUCACAGCAGUCUAUCAGAUUUGUUUCGAGGGGCGGCCCGUUCAACAGAUGAUCUCCUGUCUGCAGAGCCACCCGGAGCAUGUGUGAUCAGGGUUUCACAGCAACACAUCAGUUACAGAGCAGCCAGAACACCACCGUUCAGCUCUAUCUUGUGCUAAAUUCAAACAUUAUUUACUUUUAACUUAAAACGUUUAUGAAGUCAAUAUUUUGCACUUUAUAUGGCUAUUAUUAUUUAGCUUUUUAUAAUGAUAUUAUUAACAAGUUUGUAUUCACUUCAGGUGUUUUCAACCUGGACUUAUUUUUAUAAUUAUGGCCAUUCACACAAUGCUAGGUUUGACUCUAUCUGUUGUUUCCGGGGAACCUGACUCUGACAAAACAACAUACACUGCCCGGGCCAAAAAAAAGGUCACAAGCCUGUGGGGGCAGUGCUGUGAUCUGGGGUUGCUGCAGUUGGUCUGGUCUAGGUUCAGCAACGUUAUGUGCCCAAAGAAUGAGGUCAACUGACUACCUGAAUAUACUGAGUGACCAGGUUAUUCCAUCAAUGGAUUUUUUCUUCCCUGAUGGCACGGGCAUGUUCCAAGAUGACAAUGCCAGGAUCCAUCGGACUCAAAUUGUGAAAGAGUGGUUCAGGGAGCAUGAGACAUCAUUUUCACACAUGGAUUGGCCCCCACAGAGUCCAGACCUGAACCCGAUUGAGAAUCUUUGGGAUGUGCUGGAGAAGACUUUGAGCAGUGGUCCGAAUCUCUCGUCAUCAAUACAAGAUCUUGGCGAAAAAUGAACGCAAGACAGAAAUAAAUGUUGUGACAUUGCAGAAGCUUAUGGAAACGAUGCCACAGCGAAUGCGUGCCGUAAUCAAAGCUCAAGGCGGUCCAACGAAUAUUAGAGUGUGUGACCUUUUUUUUGGCCAGGCAGUGUAUAUCGGGGCAAGCAGGUUUAACUCAUUUUCAAAAACCCUCUACAUUGAGAGAUCAUCUACAAAAAACAUGUAACUUUAUGUUAUUUUAAAGAUGGCACCAGUCCAGGUCAAAGUAUAUUUCCAGGUUUGUGAAUGAAUGCUUGAAAUGAAUCUGUGUUUACUUAAUGGGACAGUUUUGGAAAUCUUUACAAGCAGGUGCUGAAACAACUAAACACAGCAGCCAUAACAACAUGGGAUCAUACUGAUGAACUUUAGUUAAGUCCUGCACAAGCACAACACCUGUGCAAUAUGCAUUGUGACUUAGGUAGAGAUAAGGGUUUUUACUCUGUGUUUCAGUAUACCUUCACAGGAUUUGUGUUCAUGCAUUUUCUUCUCCUCUCAGGUAAACAUAGAGUAGUGCAAAAAAUGCUCAAAAAAAGACCCUCUCACAUCUAGCACUAAAAAUGGAUUCAAUGUGUACAGGCAGACAUGAGUUUCAGUUCUACAUUAAGUCAAUAACGCCUUUAAAUAAGCAGGAUUAGCUCAGUGUCUGUACAUUGUUCUUUUCUUGUUCAACUGCCAAACUGUUGCCAAGUAAUAGCAAUACUGUAAUAUGUAAUAUUGAAGAUUAUAUAGAGCUCUUUUCUAGUAUGAGUGUCCUUACAGUCCCAAUAGAGCGUCCCAGGACCCGCUGUGUGCUGGACAGUCCCGACAGUUCCCGUUGAAAAGUGCUGUGCUCGGCUCUUUAUCUGAGGGGGCGAGCCAUCUGCCAAUCCAGUGAAAUAGGCUGCGUUCAGCAUAAAGCCUUUCGUCCUCUAAAAGUGAAACAUUGUGAAAACAUGUCCAUUAAAGCUAAACUCUCA